GUGGUUUACGGUAAGGCCUUGAAAAAAAAGGAAAUUUCAGAGCGCGCUGGCUCCACACACACGGUCUGAAGACCUACGCGUACAGGAGAUGCUCGUAGGCUGUUAGGUGGGUUGUAGUGUUGGGCUUUAUCUGCCCCUGAGCAUGUUCACACACGUCCCAAUUGGCGGGCUGUGAGACUCCGGGGUGAAGGGUCGAGUCUGUGGCUGCUUCUCUCUCUGCUCUGCUCGAAGACGGCAGGCAAGCUGUAGUUUCGCAAGAGGACAGAUUGAGAUUUUUUCUACUGCGAACUGGACUGUCGUCUAUCCGGUUAAGCUGCACGAGCUGUUUGUGGGGGGAAUUUGCAUUAUUUCCGGCGGCGUUUCUGUCAUUUUUCACACAUGCUCGACAGCACAGACCUUACCGUAGCAUAAUCUUAAAGUAGCUAGCUAGCAGUGGGCGCAUCGUUUUUUUCGUAGCCGCACGGCUUUGAAGGGGGCCAGUAACUGAAGAAAAAUCACCACGCUCGGAUAAAAUGACCAUGUCGGUCCCAGAGAGGAUAUCGGAGUCCGGAGGAAAAGAGGAGGAGAGCGAGGACGAGAGCGAGAUCCUGGAGGAGAGCCCGUGUGGCCGCUGGCAGAAGCGAAAGGAGCAGGUGAGUCAGGGAAAUGUGCCUGGCAUCGAGAGUGCUUCGCUGGCUAUGGACACAGAGGAGGGGGUGGAGGUGGUGUGGAAUGAGGUUCAGUUCUCUGACAAGAAGGUGUUCAAGGCCCAUGAGGACAGAAUCAGGGAAAUGUUUGAGAACCUGAUGCAGGUGGAGCACCCGAACAUUGUCAAGUUUCACAAAUACUGGCUGGACACAAAGGAGAGCCGAGCCAGGGUUAUUUUUAUCACUGAGUACAUGUCGUCUGGAAGUCUUAAGCAGUUUUUGAAGAAAACCAAGAAAAACCACAAGACAAUGAAUGUGAAGGCAUGGAAGCGCUGGUGCACACAGAUCUUGUCUGCCCUCAGUUACCUGCAUUCUUGUGAUCCGCCCAUAAUCCAUGGAAACCUGACCUGCGACACCAUCUUCAUCCAGCACAACGGCCUCAUCAAGAUCGGCUCAGUGUGGCACAGGCUUUUCGUCAAUGUGUUCCCAGAGGCCAUUCAUGGGAAUGUGCACCAGCAUCGCGACGAGCUGCGGAAUCAGCACUUUUUUGCUCCAGAGUAUGGCCUUGCCGAGGAUGACUACUCUAUCGAUAUAUAUUCCUUUGGCAUCUGUGCCUUGGAGCGUAUGUGUGAAAACAGAGCGCUGCCCUGGAAACAGAGCUUGACACAGCAUCCGCAAGAUGCUAAACCUUUACUCUUUUGUCCCUGUGGAUGUACCCAGGAGUUUACUCAGUUAUGUGUGCGCACAGACGCUAAGCUGAGGCCUACAGCUCAUGACCUGCUAUUUCACAGAGUGCUGUUUGAGGUCCACUCCUUAAAACUGCUUGCUGCCCACUGCUUCAUCAGUAACCAGUAUCUCCUUCCAGAGAACUGUGUGGAGGAGAAGACCAAGUCUAUUGAUCCAAACGGUGUCAUGGCAGAGAUCAAUCACAGUGAUCGACCAGGAAUCCAGCUAAAGUACUCGCAUGUCUCUCCACUGGAGUUGGACAAGUUCCUGGAGGAUGUUAAGAAUGGAAUCUAUCCCCUGAUGAACUUCGCCUCGCAGAGGCCGCAUCCUAUUCCACGUGCACUAUCCCUGUCCCAGGAGCACAUGGAGACGGUGAAGACUCCAACCCCAGAGCCACAGGAGACUGAGACCAGGAAAGUUGUCCAGAUGCACUGCAAUCUGGAGGCUAAUGAGGAGGGAACCAGGAGUCAUCUGUCUCUUUUUUUGAAGAUGGAUGACAAACUUCAUCGCCAGCUUAGCUGUGAUGUUCUGCCAACCGACCGUCCCAGAGACCUGGCCAGUGAGCUGGUGCACCAUGCGUUUAUUAGCGAGGAAGACUGUGAGAAGCUGACAUGCUUUUUGGAAGAUGCCCUGGGGAAGCACUGGGGUGGAGCUUCUGCUUCUUCUGCUGCCAUGGUGAUGAUGCAUUGAGCCCCAUCGGAAUGCUAUUGUGGAGCAGAUGAAUUGGCCUGAGCUGGUCUAACUGAGGAAGAGUGCGAAACACGGAGAGAAAAGAAGGAGCUGAAGAGGGACAGAAAGAGCAACUUAUUGGCAGAGGGGUGAAAAUGUCUUGGCAAAUGUGGCAAAGUUGGAAAUAUCCAUCCAAACACCAUGGUACCAAGGCUCCAAAGAGCUUAUGUUGUAUGUCGUUUUUGUGGGAGAUCUGGCCAGUACCAUCAUCCCACAAAACAGCAGACACGUGAUUCAGUUAGAGGUGGAGAUCCCUCCAUUUAUUCUUCAUGUUUGAUGGAUUUUUGUGGACAUUCUCAGUGCCGUCCUACCUUUUGGCAAUAUCCAUCCUCCAUCCAAGAAGCUUCUGUGCCACAUAAAGAGUCUUAUAGGAGCAAAAACCUUGGAAAAACUGAAAAAGGAGGGUAGUGGUCCAAAAUAGUUGCUUCUCAUGGGACUGCCAGCCCAUGUGUUGUCUUAAAUUGUCUAUGUAUUUUAAGCAGACCUGCAGUAAAUGUAUAUUUAUUGUUUUUAACUAUUAAACAUUACUAAAGUGUAACUCUUUAAUGGCUCCCAAUGAGAGAAAUCUUUCCAAAUGUUUAACAUUUCUACGUAAAAUGAAUGAAAAUUAUAGAAUUAGCAAUCUCAUUAUGUUCAAAAUUGACAAUGAGCUGAAGAAUGUACAGUACUGUAGCAGAGUACCCUUGGCGCUUGUUAUACCUACAUUACUACUCCCCAUGUGAAACCUUAAACCGAAAACACUUGCCAUCUGUUCUGACUGGUUCUUACAAAGCACCAAGUGCCUACGUGAGAAAUGAAUGUGUCAAACGUACUCAGUAUGGUAUCCUCCUGUAUAUCGCCAUUAUUCAAGAUGCUUGAGUCAUACAAACUUGUGGUUCAUUUUGCAUACAUUUGUAAACAGUGGCAAUAAUGGUAAUACCUUAGAUUUGUCGGGUCUAAGGAGUGUGAUUAUUAUAUGUGUGAAUGUACCUCUGUGAGAGAGAGAGUGGUGUUUUGCAGUAAAGUGUAAUAGCAUUAGGAGCACCAGCCUCUUUUAGGUAACCAAUGAAGCUGUACAGCAAAUGAACGCUUCAAAUGCAGUCAAAGCAUUUUGAGCAAGUAGCGGCUACCGCACACUACCAAACAUGAUCAAAAUUGCACCUUUUGAAGACACACUUUGUCUUCCAGCCCAUGGUGCACCAAACUUAUCUGCACUUUAUAAUCGCAAAUGCACCCUCUCAACUGAUUGACAGAAAUGACACAAGAUGUGAAUCAACUAAACACUGAUACUAAAACAGUGUGUUUACAUUUGUGGUAUGUAUCAGCAGAACAUGGUAGUGUUGCAUUUUAAUUUGGGUUUGAUUAGCAUUCACACUAAUUUAUGCAACACUUGGUUUUGCUCCCAUUUUGCAGCAUUUUGAUUAAAAAAAUCCAGGAUCUUUUUCCUAGAAAUGUGUCGCACUGCUACAGACAAGUGUUGGUCACAUCAAAUACAAAAGCGGGGAUUCUGUUUCUUGACCCACACUGUUUUGAAGGAUUUCAAUAAAAUCUUUUGUGAUAUGAAAACAGCACUCUUUCUUGAUAUAAAAACCAUUAACCUUCAGCUCUAAUGCUAAGCAAACCCAAACUAAAAUGCAGCAAUGUAUUAUUUUCUGCUUUGGCCUGGCCAAUGGAAACCAAAUUACGAAUGUAAAUGCACCCUGAGACAUUGGAUGAUUAGGUCCUUUAUGUAAGGGUCUAAUUGGAACCCCUCCAUCUAGUUAAAAAGGGCUGUUCUUUGAGCUUUUACAUCAUUCAGCAGUAUUUGAAGUCUUUUAUGUUCCAUCCAGGGGUGUUUACAUGCACAUAACAUAUAGAAACUGAACUGUGUCAAUGCCAAAAGAGCUUCUCUCUUUAUCCUCAAAGACACUCGAUGCAAUGAUGGCAGCUGGGGUUGGGGUAGCUACAUGGAAGAGAAGAUGCUACAUUGCCUCUAGAAAAAACCCUGCCCUGACCCUUGGUUUGGUACUUUUAUCUUGUGUUUGUAAAUCAGUAUUCAUUCUGUAAUUAAUCUGUCAUGCCGUUCAUGCCGACACUACCCCAGUUUAAAGGCCCAAUUGGGAAUUCAACUGGCAGACCAGUUUUAGUACUCCAACAGUUCAAAAGUACAUAUGCUCUUGGUUUGAAACAAGGGUGUUAAACUGUGGCUGGUCAUAGCUAUGCUUCAGCAAAUCCGGAUUGGGGCUUUUAAGAUGUUUCAAUACUAAUGCUGUAAUUAUCAGUGGCUUUGGCUCUUGAACACUUCCAGUAUCUCAAUAAAACUGUGCUUGCAUGUGAGAACCUGAA